CGAGAAACGAGCAACCGCGACCAAAUCGGUCCUCAUGUGAUUCUAACCUGAUCGUUCUGCAAGGUCCAGAGCAAGACUGUGGUGAAAUAACAGUAAGAAUAGGUUGACAGUUUUCCAAACGCCCUUCAGCCAAAGGGAAUUCCCAGGAAAGGUCCGGUCUAACAGAUCCUGUUGUGUAACCCAAAGGACAGGUCAAAGUCUCUUCACCUGAAGGAUACUCAAGAAUGUAUCACUGAGCCCUUUGCUCUCGCGUACGAAGUACAAGUGCAUGUACAUCUGUCGCGAGCGACCGACAUGUCCGUCAAGCUCUUGCGCUGCCUCGCCGGCGGUCUUCUCGUUCCGAGGGGUCAGCAUGUCCGUCACGGCCAUCGGAUGCGGGGGAAACCGCCGACGAUCGCCCGCACCCUGCGGCAGCGUCUCGACGAGCUCAACCGCGUGGACCCGACGUUGAGCUUCAAGGUGAACAUCGGCUACCCGGUGGCCAGGGUCGCCAGACGCGCGAUAACGAGCGCCUGGACGAGCGAGAUCGUGGCGCGGCGGAACAACGCCGAGCUCGAGAGGUCGUCGCGCACCCGGCAGCUGCUGGUGGAUCUGCGGCAGGUGAGGGAGGACUGGCUGCAAAUCGACGGGACCUCCCACAUUCACAGGCUGGCCAAGCACUACGGCGUCUACGACGAUCUGUACGGCGACGCUUACUUCAUGCCGGUGGUGCCGCUGAGCGUGAGCUACGACCUGCCGGACGACCGGCUGGUGAGGGUCCACACCGGUAACGUGAUCAAGCCGAGCGCGGCCUCCAGGGCGCCCGACGUGACGUACAGCGCGGAGGACGGGUCGCUGUGGACCCUGAUAAUGAGCACGCCGGACGGCAACCUGACCAGCCCGGAGCACGAGUACUGCCACUGGUUCGUCGGCAAUAUUCCCGAAAGUCGGCUGAAGGAGGGCGAGGAGCUGGUGGACUAUCUGCAACCGGUGGCGCCGCACGGCAUCGGAUACUGCAGAUACAUCUUCGUGCUCUACAAGCAGGAGGGUCGCGUAGAUUUCUCGGAGUACAAGAGAGCCAAGCCCUGCUCGAAUCUGGAGGAGCGUAACUGGCGAACGCUGGACUUCUACAGGAAGUAUCAGGAUCAACUGACGCCCGCCGGUUUGGCGUUCUUCCAGUCGGACUGGGAGCCCUCGCUCAAGGAGUUCUAUCACAACACGCUGAAGACGAGGAUGCCGAUGUUCCGAUACGAUUUCCCGAAACCGUGCAUAAAGAACCAAGUGUUGUUCCCUCUGAGGGAGCCCUUCAAUACCUAUCUGGACAAGUACCGCGAUCCCAAACAGAUAACGAAGGAAUUUUUCUUGAGAAAAAUGAAGAAGGUGCAUCCCUUCGACGGGCCGGAGCCGCCGAGGAAGUUCCCGCUGGCCCAUCCCAAUAGAACGUACAGACCUACCUGGCUGAAAUUCGAGAUAAUAAAGAAGCGGCUGGGAUACGGUCGUGUCAACGACCUCAACGAAUACUAGAUUCACACCAAUUGAUAAUGCAGCGUAUUGUGUGCCUCCAGAAUCUGCCUGCUCUGAUACUUGAUGUCUGCUCGCGACGGAACAGUAGCGUCGACUAUCUCGUGUUCGACCAUUAGCCCUGUAAAAUCAUAUGGCUUGUAACGGAGAGCGUCGAUAAAACUAUCGAUGUUUUACAAAAAAAAAAAAGCAAGAAGGAA